ACUAUCCCUUUAAGAUACAUUGCACAGGCCUUCAGGUAUAGGUCUGUGUUAUGCAAAUGGUUUCUGUGUUAGCUACUACUGUACAUGGACAGCUACUGGGUACAUUUUUAACUGCCUUAUUUUACAGAUAAUUGGUUAAUGUAAAGAUUCAAAAUGUUUGCCAUUGUUCAUAUGGUAUUUAAAGAAAUAUUUGUAUGUAUAAUAGAAUAUAAUGCUGAUUAAUAAGCCUGAAAUAUCCGUGGGACCCACCGGGCCUGUAGAAAUAUUCCCAUGACCCUUUAACCCCAGUAACUCACUCUCUCACACUCCCACACGGCACACGGUUUUAAGAUUAAAGCCCCUCCCAUCACAAUAACGUGGGCUGGUGAAUGACAGAUUCGCCCGUGCAGCAGUUUCUUCACAGUCUGUAGAUAGAAGCGCGCGCUCCCGCCGUUGAAAGAGACGCUACUCAUCAUGUGUCACCAGCGGGGAAGUGACUGAGAAGAAUGUCUGAGGUAAAUCCUCCCACAGAAAAAGUCUCUGUUACUGUGCCAGAGUCAGAGACUCCACCCCUAAAGCAGGAUACAGGGCCUGCGACUGGUGGACUGCGACUGCGAUCCGUACCAGGGGCUUGUUUGCUGUUCGCUGGCCUUUUGCUAAUAGUAGGAAUCAGCAUUGCUGUGGGAGGUUAUUGGAACAGUCAACCACGCCGACCAACCCCACUUCAUGUUUCAACCGGACGCACCUCUUCAGAGAAACUGAAACUAAUUGGUCCUGUCAUCAUGGGAGUGGGCCUCUUCAUUUUUAUUUGUGCCAAUACAAUUCUCUAUGAGAAUCGUGACCAGGAACUACGUCAGGAACCAUCACACGGCCAAGUAGAGAACCAGGAGAUCCUCCCUCUGGUACAACAAACUCAGAAACACAGCAAUAGCAAUUCAAAGUGGUUUUCGCAAACAGAAUUAAACACCAAUACACAUACACUGAACUUGUCUGAGCUCAACAUCCAUUGCCUGGAUGAAGGUGUGGACCUUCCGACCCUUAGGUGUUCUUCUCCAUCCUCCUGUAACUCCGGACAGGUAAACAUGGAGACACGACCCUCUUUCAACGAUCACAGGAACUUGGAAACAUUAACAUUGCCUGUUAUCAAACUUAAUGACUGCCUGAUUGGCUCCUUAGACCCAGAGGCUCCGCCUCUUCCAGAACGGACAUAUCGAAACAAGUUGGGACUGGAAGGUGUGGAAGUCACACUACUGAAUCCCACAGACUUAUCUCUAAAGACAGUGGAAAAAGCAGAGCUGAAAGAUUGGUAGUCUUGUGACUCCUGUCAUUCUCGCUGUCCUUGCUAGUUAGUUGUACAGUUGAUCUUAUACUGUAGAGAUUAUAGGUUGCAAAGAGACCUGGUACAGUGUGUGUCACAUAUUCAUUUUUAAAUGUUGUGGGUCACAGCCACAUCCGUAUAUGCCCCAUUAAGUCUAUUAAAUGUCAUUUAACCUUGAAUGCACUGUAAGUCACUUUGAAAAAAAUAACUACUAAUGCUCAGUGGCGGCCGUGACUUCUUUUUUCGAGGGCGCUCGAUGCAAAGUUGGUCACAAUAGGUAUGUGCCUGCUGCAGAUGCGUCUAAAGGGUUUAUGAUAAAAGAAAUGCUCAUGUUUGCCAGAUACUCGCAUAAUCUCAUGCGUAAUCAGAGUUUACUGUUAAGGGAGUGUCUUGCGUGUAUUUUGGAAACGUGAGCAUCUCUUUUAUCAUAAACGGUUUUGACACGUGUGCAGCAGGCACUUAUUUUGACAAAAUAUGUGAUGCACAUGGUUCACAUGACGCAACAAACACAUAUUUUGAAAACACAAGCAACACACAUGACACUCUUAAUACAUAUUUUGAAUUACGCGAGUCACGAGCCGCCACUGCUAAUGGUACUUGUAACUGUAGUUGCUAAUCUUAACUUAUCUGAGAGAGAAACAUACAGUAGUUGACUGUCACAUAAGUGAAAUUGGUUUAUUUUUUUAAUUUUUUUAUUAUUAAAUGAGAAUAGCAAAGACACUUUACAUCAAAAUUGCUGUCUUACACUUAGUUGUCCUUUGAAAUGCAUAAACAGCAAUGUUAAGUAAUAUAAAUUGUGAUUUCCUUACAUUAGUUUCAUAGUGACAUUAGAUUCUGUUAAUGUAAAUUGUUAGUAAUCAAUUAUACUUUGAUCCUGUUUGUCUUUGUCCAUCCCACACAAGCCCAAAAUAACAGCGGCUGCACUACAGUACGUGCCGUUGUGUUUGUAGUGGAGGUCUUUAUAGUUCACAGAAAUGUCAGAGCAAAAAUGAAAGGAGGCCACCCGUGAGACAAUGCGUAUAAAUAGAUGCAUGGGCACACAAACAGUUUGUCUGAAUUCUUUCUUGGCCGUUCUGCAUGCAGCAUGUUUCGCGUGUUAUAAAUUUAACAAGUUUCUACAAUGCACCAGCACAUAACAGGUGCAGUUAAAUACAGGCAACAUUCAAGAGUUCAUAUAGCGGUAAAUGAUGAUUUUCAUUACUGCAUGUUAAUCCUGACUGUAUGACUGCUGUCAUCAGCGUCACAUAUUCCCUUGUCUUGUGGUUUUACAAUCACGGCUUAACAUGGAUUAACAAUCUCUAGAAUAGCAUCAGUCUGAAACAAGGAGUCAAAGUUCAGUUAGCAUGGGCAGUCCACAACUGCUUCUAAAUUAAAAGGGCAAAAACCAUCCUUUUCCUAAGGAAUUUUUUUUAAAAAGCAACAUAUAAAUUUCAAAUGUUUUAUUUAAUUAAAUGAUAUAUAUAUUAGUAGUUGUUUUUCCCUUGUCUGCUGCCUUUGACAUCACAAGUCAGAGGGCUUUAGGACUGUGUGUUUUUUGCUCCAGUGACACACGAGGAGCCACACUAAGAUUAUGUUCUCUGCAAACCACUAAACUAAAAUAUACUAUCAUGCAUGUACAUUUACUCUGUUAUGUAGGCCUGUGCCAUGGUUUGAGAAAGUGUAUAAUAGCAUCUAGACACAUAAACUCAGCUUAUGCAACAUACAGAUAUGUGUACAAGUACUGUUUCAAAUAACAACAGAUUCAGACUUUUUAAAAGUUAAAUUGUGGCAAUUAAACAUAAGUUUAAACAUGGAACAUAUCAGGGCUUAAAUUCAUUCUCUCAGUAAACAUGAGAUUUGGUCAUGCCUUAUGACAUAUUUUUUAUUAUUUUAUUAAAUAUGAAUAGGUGUAAGCAGUUUAAACUAAACAAAAUGUUAUUACUGUACUGACUGUCAGCUUGAAUGGCUAUACAAACUAGGUAAUGCUCUUUGGAAUCAAUCAGUUUACUGUUGUGUACAUUAUUACUAUAAAACUAAAUAACUAUCAGCAAUAAAUUACUUCGAUGAAAACAGCAAACCACUUUUUUUCACAUCCACAUCCUUAAGGGACGGUUUCCUGGACAUGGCUUAUCCUUGUCCCAGACUAAAAUGCAUGUUUGAGCUGCUUUAAUUUAAAAACAUCUGACGCAUGUUAACAUAUAACAGUUCCAUUAUUUUGUCUCAAGAUGCACACCAGUAAUGUUUUUUUUGUAAGGUAUGUUUGUAAAAAGUACUGAAAGGGACAUUCCCCUUUUUUUUGAAAAUAUGC